AGAGGAAAUCUUUCUUCUGUUUCUUUCAGAACAAUCCCCCAAGGAUUCUUUCAAGGUGUUUGAAUCGGUAUUGGAGUUGUACUAGUCAGCCAUGGCUAAUGAUCAAUUGCAAGUGCUUAAUGCACUUGAUGUAGCGAAGACACAAUGGUAUCACUUUACAGCAAUCGUGAUUGCCGGCAUGGGUUUCUUCACCGAUGCUUAUGAUCUCUUCUGCAUUUCAUUGGUCACCAAAUUGCUUGGUCGGAUAUACUACCAUCAUGAUGGUGCGCCAAAGCCAGGAUCAUUGCCCCCUAAUGUAUCAGCUGCUGUCAAUGGUGUUGCAUUCUGUGGCACACUUGCUGGGCAACUCUUCUUUGGCUGGCUUGGUGACAAAAUGGGUCGCAAGCGUGUCUAUGGCAUGACCCUCAUGGUCAUGGUCCUCUGCUCUGUCGCCUCUGGGUUAUCUUUUGGCCACACUGCAAAGAGUGUCAUGGCUACCCUUUGUUUCUUCAGAUUCUGGCUUGGUUUUGGCAUUGGUGGUGAUUACCCACUCUCUGCUACUAUCAUGUCUGAAUAUGCCAACAAGAAAACUCGUGGAGCAUUUAUAGCUGCUGUUUUUGCAAUGCAAGGAUUUGGAAUUUUAGCUGGUGGAAUGGUUGCAAUCAUUGUAUCAGCUGCAUUCAAGGCCAAGUACCCUGCUCCAACUUACGAAGAAAAUCCAAUUGCCUCAACAAUCCCAGAGGCUGAUUUUGUCUGGCGUAUUAUUUUGAUGUUUGGUGCGUUACCAGCUUUGCUUACAUACUACUGGCGAUUGAAAAUGCCAGAGACUGCUCGUUACACUGCCCUUGUUGCAAAGAAUGCAAAACAAGCAGCAUCAGACAUGGCAAGGGUUAUGCAGGUUGAGAUUGAAUCUGAACAGGAGAAAGUUGAUCAAUUGUCAGAGAAAGAAAAAUCCUUUGGUUUGUUCUCUAAGGAGUUCCUUAGUCGUCAUGGGCUUCACUUGCUUGGAACCACUAGCACAUGGUUCUUAUUGGACAUUGCUUUCUACAGUCAAAAUUUGUUCCAGAAAGACAUCUUCAGUGCUAUUGGUUGGAUUCCAAAUGCAAAGACGAUGAAUGCAAUUGAAGAGGUUUUCAGAAUUGCAAGGGCACAAACGCUUAUUGCUCUCUGCAGUACUGUCCCAGGAUAUUGGUUCACGGUGGCUUUCAUCGAUGUAAUAGGGCGGUUUGCAAUUCAACUGAUGGGAUUCUCCUUCAUGACAGUAUUCAUGUUUGCUCUGGCCAUCCCCUAUAAUCACUGGACUAUGAAGGAGAAUCGAAUUGGGUUCGUCAUCCUGUACGCCUUAACCUUUUUCUUUGCAAAUUUUGGGCCUAAUGCUACCACAUUCGUGGUACCAGCAGAGAUUUUCCCAGCCAGACUUCGGUCAACAUGUCAUGGUAUCUCAGCAGCUUCUGGGAAAUUAGGGGCAAUGGUUGGAGCAUUUGGGUUCCUUUACCUAUCACAAAGCCAGGACAAGACAAAGACUGAUGCAGGUUACCCAGCUGGUAUUGGUAUGAGGAAUUCACUCAUCAUAUUGGGUGGGAUUAACUUAUUAGGUUUGCUUUUUACCUUUCUAGUACCUGAGUCAAAAGGUAAAUCACUAGAGGAAAUGUCUGGUGAGAAUGAAGAUGAAGCUGGGACCAGUGGAGAAGCAGAGCAAGCAUCAGGUUAUAACAGGACUGCUCCAGUGUAAUUAG